AUGGAGGGGGUAGAGGCGUACGGCUUCUCGGCCGCCAUGAGCGGCGCCUUCCUGCUCUCGUCGCUGCUCUUCGCCGCCGUCAACCGCCGCCUGCGGGAGCCCUACAUGGACGAGGUUUUCCACAUCCCGCAGGCGCAGGCCUACUGCCAGGGCCGCUUCCUGCAGUGGGAUCCCAUGAUCACCACCCCUCCAGGUCUGUACCUGCUGUCGGUUGGUGUGGUGAAGCCAGCAGCCUGGCUCUUUGGCUGGACAGGCAGUGUGGUGUGUUCCACCGGCAUGCUCAGGUUCAUCAACCUCCUCAUCAGCGCUGGCAACUUCUACCUGCUGUACCUGCUUCUGCUGAAGAUCCAUCAGAAAAAUAAGGCUGUGUCAGGUUUCCAGAGAAUCUUGUCUUCGUUAACUCUUGCAACAUUUCCCACCCUUUAUUUUUUUACAUUCCUUUAUUAUACGGACACAGGAUCAGUAUUUUUUACUCUGUUUGCGUAUUUAAUGUGCCUUUAUGGUAACCAUAAGGCUUCAGCUCUGCUUGGAUUUUGUGCUUUCAUGUUUCGUCAGACAAAUAUCGUGUGGACAGUUUUUUGUGCUGGAAAUGUUGUUGCAGAAAAGCUAAAUGAAGCCUGGAAGACAGAGUUACUGAAAAAGAAGGAUGAAAGGAUCUCUUCCAUGAGAACAUCAUUUUCUGAUCUGACCUUAAUCACGCGAUUUCUUAUUGAAUAUCUCAUAUCUCCUAAAAACUUAAUUACACUUAUUGCUUUAACAUGGCCAUACAUUGUGUUAGUAGCUGCGUUCUUCGUUUUUGUCUUCGUCAAUGGUGGAAUAGUUGUUGGUGACAGAAGUAGCCAUGAAGCCUGCUUGCACUUUCCCCAGCUGUUCUAUUUUUUGUCCUUUACUCUCUUUUUUUCCUUCCCUCAUUUACUGACCCCUGCUAAAAUCAGGAAAUUCCUGCAGUCAUUGCGAAGGCACCGUGUGCAGUACAUCCUAAUCGCUGCCGUCUCUUUGUUCUUUAUUUGGAAGUUUACCUAUGUUCAUAAGUAUUUGCUAGCAGAUAAUAGACAUUACACAUUCUAUGUCUGGAGAAAAAUCUUCCAAAGACAUGAGCUUGUAAAAUAUGUGUUAGUUCCAGCCUAUAUAUUUGCUGGCUGGAGUUUUGUUGAUACAAUAAAAUCAAAAUCGAUAUUCUGGAUCUUAAUGUAUUUUGUAUGUUUAUUAUCAGUCACAGUUCCCCAAAAGCUGUUAGAGUUCCGUUACUUUAUUUUGCCAUUCUUAAUAUACAGGCUCAAUAUUCCAUUCCCACCCGUCUAUAGACAACUUGUUGAGUUGGCUUUUUACACUGUUGUGAAUGCAGUAACAUUUUAUCUUUUCCUAAACAAAACAUUCCAGUGGCCCAAUAGUGUAGAAAUCCAGAGGUUUAUGUGGUGACUUUUUUUAACCUUCGUACCCUUAUGGAAAUCCAAUUCUGUUUCAGAACUGUGGGCUCUGGAACAAAGUACCAUGUUUUGUAUUAUAUGUGGACUGUUUUGUUUUUUUUUCCCCCAGAGGACUGGAGAAGGAAUGAAGUUGCUUAUGUUCUUGGAAUUGAAUGGGAUGUGUUAUAAUGUGCAGAUACUGAAUUUCUGAACUCCUAGAAUUAACAAAUUUGGUAGGAGAUGAAAUUUGGGAACACUUAACAGUAAUUAAUGUGAAACAUGGGAGAUGUUUACAGUCAUUCUUCAUUAUAAUAUAUUAUCUAAUGUACUUCAAGAUAUGAUAGUUUAUGUUUCAGAGGUUUAUCUUUAAAACAGCAUGCUUAAGUGUUACGCUGGGAUGCAUACUUCUUUGAAACAGGCUGCUUCCAUCUAUGCCUGCUAGAAGUCAAGGUAUGAAGCACUGCUCAAUGAUAACGUUUUCAAAAACACCUACAUCCUACAACCUACUGAAUUUUCUGGAUUUUUUUCUUUGGUCAAUAAAUGCUUACAUGAGUUUUGCAAACAGAAUGUUGGCUCUUUCAUCAUUAGGACGUUUUGGAAAUUCUAUUUCAAACUGAUAGUUAAAAAACACAGUGGAGGCUGCCUGCAUGUAAUUCUUUAGGGGAAUAAAUGUUACUGUACAACAAAAGAUAAAUUGCAGUUGAUACUGUAGCCUAUUAGAAGGGGAUUAAUUUACGUGUGUCAGACUGAAACGUGUUGUUGCACAAUGGAAUGCAGUACGAUGAAUGCCCCUUGAAAUAAUAGGGCUUUUAUGUCCCAAAGUUCUGUGUUCAGUUUGUAUCCAAGUAGGAUAUGAGUGUGCUUCCAGUUCCAAAUUGAACUCAGUGUUUCUAAGAUCUUUGACUUGUAAUCUUACACAAUUACUAAUGGCCCUACUGAAUUGUUCUUUUAAGUGCUUUGCAUAAAUGUGCAAAUUUAAUGGAAUUAAGGGGAACAUGUAUUUUUUACAUGGGCAAAAAAGAAUGGUUGUCAUUUGUUGUUGUUGGUUGUGGGGUUUUUUUUGUUUUGUUUUGUUUUUAAAGCAUUCAGUGCAUUAUUUUCAGAAUAAAAGAAGGCUGUAAUGAUUCCUGUCGGCAAAUGGCUUUAAUGAGGCUAGAAAAAAUUCAAGUUAACAGUUAAGCAGUUUUUAUAAACAUAACAUGUUGUGGUGGGUGAUUGAAUGUUUUGCAUACUGUGUAGCAUCUCUAAGGCCUCUAAAGUACUGUAGUCCCAUCUGAGCAAACUGUUGUCACCCCUCCAGUCACUUUAAAAGCCAGUGCUGUGGAGUUACUUACUGGUAGUGGUUCUGUUACUUUUUUUCUUUACUGUAUGCAAAUCAAUAGUCUGGCUCUGAGACCUUCCCAUAAGGAAUGUGGUUAUCUCAUCCUCCUGUCCAAUGCAACCCUGUUUCUUCCAAGGAAACCUUAAAGCCCACUCAGUAAGUGGGUUCAUUUAAAUUGCAUUUGAAACACUUUGUAGAAAGUUACUGCUUUCUUUUUUGCCUUGUUGCCAGGACGGCAAUUUGUUGGUAUUGUGUAUUAGGAAAAGCCGUUUUUUGAUCACUCUCCAUUUGGCUUUACCAAAUUGAAAGGCCAAGAGAAGUGCACUGGGUUGCUUUUCAAGAAUCUGACAUGGUUCUUGUGGAGUCCAGGAUGCUGUCCUGUGCUGUGAUUGUACUGUGAUGGAUUUGGGGGGAAAGUUUUGCAUGCCUCUUGAUCCAAUUCUGCUUUUGUAAAACGUUAUCAUAAAAACAUAAACAAAGUAAAGAGCAGAGGCGUGUUUCAACUGCAUUUCCAUCCUCAAAUGGUAGUACUGAGCAGGUUAGAAUGGUAAUGUGGAAAGGGUAGGGAUCUGGCUAGAAUUUUGACCUACCUCCUAGACCUGGUUUUGUUUUGUUUUCCUGGCUUUAUAUACAGGAGCAGGUGUGCACUGCUUUAACAAGAUGAAGAAAUUCCUGUACACCAGUCUACAGUUGUUGUAUUUUGUCCAGGAUGACUAUUGAUGCUGGUAUUUGAAUGCCCCAUAUAAUCAGCUCUGUUAGGACAGUGCUUAUGCUUGUCUAUUCAACUGAGGUAGCAGCCGUGUUUCAAAUGGAAAGAAAUGAGUUUUAAUACAUAUUGUAUUAAUGCAAGUAUGCAUUUCUUUUAAAGGCAAGCAAAUGCAGAAAGCCCCCAAAAGUUAGAGCACAGUGCCUUUCUGGUGAGCUCUACAUCACAAUAUACUGUGUGGAGAGGUCUCUGUGAACUGCUUUACUAGUUUGUUUUCAAGAAUAUUGUAAGAUGGAAUAAUAUUUUAUCAGAGUUUUCAUUUAACUCUCCACUUAUUCUCAGUGCUUUCUGUUAAGGUUAAGUUUAAACAAAUUUUUACAACUGGGAAAAUGCAUGAAUGACAGGAAAGGAGCAGGAUGAUGGGAAUGAAAACAGGAAAGGAGCAAUUUGUUGUUAAAGGUAUUUUAACUUUUGCUGGUGAUUUACAGGUGAGACUUUACAGGUAAUAUUCAGUGUUAAUAUGAUUCAGUUUUUCAGAAAUCAAGGUGAUUGUAACUACACCAUCAUUAGUCUAAAAAAAAAGGCUUAGAUUCAUUUUUUUUCAGAGAUAGAAAGAAGGGAAGUUCUCAAUAAAUCAAAAUGCAGAACUGAACAGUCACAGUGUGACUGAAUUGUUUUGAUGACACAUAAUGUGACUUAAUGUGACAGUUCUUAGAGUUAUAUAGAGGUGCUUAUUUGAGAAAGUAGAAAGUUUGUUUUCAAACUAAGUUUGUAAAUUGUAUUCUCUGUUAUUUGUGUGCGUUUUGUGUUUUUUGCCUCUUCUGUUCUUUAGCAACAUGUUUGUAUUCAAAAUUAGCACGAAUUUGACACCAUAAGCAACAUGUACAUGCUGAAAUAGUUUUUACUUCUUACUCUGAUAGUGUGUAGAUGGAUUCUUUCUGCUGAAAAUCCUGCAGGAAGAAGUCCUCUACUCUGAUUUUUGUUCUGUUAGUGCAGGUUUGACUUUUUUCAGCAGGUGGCAGACUUGUGCCAUCGUGUUCUGGUGACCCACGCUCAGCGGAAUGCUGCUGGAAAUCACAGCGUUGGGGUUUAAGCAUCACUGCUUGCUGAGAACUGGGAAACUUCAAGUCUGUCAUGGCUGAUUGCUUGUUUUAGUAACUAGCUUAGCUAAAAUAGCGUUGUAUUUAAUUAUCAAUCUAUAUAGUAUGAUAUAUUUCAGGAGAAGAGCUAUUUUUUUCAUCUUUAAAAUGUCUCCUUUUGAUAUUUUUUCUAUUUAUAGAGUUUUCAUAUCUGGUCUUAGAGAACAAAAUGAAACUUGAAAGCUUGCUGUUGAAACAUCUAUUUUACAAUGUAAUAAUUGCUUCGAAACUUACAUGGAUUUUCUUCUGCUGUUUUAUUACUGACUUUUCCAGUAUUCUUUUUUUCUUCACAUAGUCUAUCCAUUGCCAUAUACAUACAUAUAUAAAUAUAUAUAUAUAUAAAUAGGCCAAAUUGAGGAAAGCAAAGAAAUUCUACUUUUGAGACUGACACAGUUGCUCUUUUUUGUUGGAUGAUGAGCACAUGCAGUGCAAAUGUUCAAAUGGCUGUUAGCCCCAUAGUGGUUGACAUACUGUAUUUUAAAUGCAUCAUCUACUUUCUGUGUUGUGAAAAAUCUGAACCCAGAGUCCAUGGAAUUAAUGUGUUUUUUUGUCUAUAUUUACCAUUUUGUUGGUUUGUUGUUGUUGCUUUUUUUUCCUCCUCCUAAAGAGCUUUGCCAUCCUUGCUCAUCUCUUGUUAGGUAGGAUAGGUUUUUCUCUUUGUUUCAGUGACAUUUGUUUGUCAGCUGAGACUUCUUUUAUUAAAAAAAAGAUCCCUCUUAAAAGUAUGUUUUAGAUGGAUCCAGAGAAUUGACUUUUACUAGCAAACAUCAUUUUGCAAACAAAAAGAAUCCCUGCAUGAGACUGAAAUGCUAAAGCAGUUAGCAACAUAUAGCUCAAAUGCCAUUAAUUCGUGAGUUCUUGGCAUUGGGCUUUCUGCUUAAUCUCAGAGCAUGUUCAGAACCUCAGGCUGUUCCUUCAGCUCCAGGAAAAGUUGGAUUAUAAGAGCAGGAAUCAGAAGGGAAAGGAUUGGUACAGGUAACUGCUGUUGCUCUCAGAGUUGUGAAACACCAGCUGGAAGGAGAGGCUGCUGGUUGCUGGUAGAACAACAUUUCUGAAACAGGAGGACGAGUUGGUUUAUCAAAUAGUGUUUCUAGUACUUGGAUGUGGAUUUAUAAAUAACUAUCUUAAUGUUCUCAAGAAAUGUUGUGAGCUUACUUGAACUGCAGCUGUAUGUCAGCAACGGGAAAGGAGUUCAUUGCCCAGACACUGCUGUUUUUGUAAAGCAAAAAUUGUCAUAUCU